CUCCUCCGGUCGCAGCAGGCGAGAUGGCCGAGGAGCGUGGUCAAUGGUGGUGGGGAAGACGCUCGUCGUACCUCGGGAGCUAUCACUCAUCAUCAUCGUCCUGAUUUUUUCCGCUCUCUCGCUUUUCCGCCCGCGCCUGCGCCCUGUACGUCUAUUUCAAACGAGCGCGCCCUGCCGGAAACAAGUUGCACGCACGACCGCACGCACUGGCAAUGAACGAACACACUCUAUAUUGUGCCGCUGCUACAGUAACAAUCUCAGCAAAACAACACCCAACCCCACAGGCCACCACCGCAGAGGAGCGGGGCGCCUUCCAGGAUCCAAGGCCCAAGCACCGCAGGUCCCACAUCCCACACACCGGCGCCAGAAGCGCGCCAGAAUGCUGCAGCACGGGGGCGCUAGGCGUAGUCUUCGCACAAGCGUCCUACGUCGAGUAAAGUAGCUAGGGCUUCCCUUCCCAUCCUUACGCCCCAUCUACCCUAGAGCACGACGUACCACUCCUACGAUUAGUGGCGGCGCCCGGGCGGCCUGAUCGCUAGCGCGC